AUGGCAGAUCCAGAAGAUGAAGGUGGGACCCCCAGUCCUUUUACAGGAUCCAAUUUAUAUACUUUUGCCACACUUUCACACGGAACUUCUGAUUUACGAAGACCCUGUAUAAUUCUAUCUACAAAUGAAGGGUAUCGUUACUUUUUCGGUAGUAUACCUGAGGGUACACAACGUAUACUGAAUGAAAAGCGAGUUAGAUUCCCCAAACUUCGAAGUCUUUUCAUGACUGGUAUUUUGGACGAUUGGUCCAAGAUUGGGGGUUUACCAGGAAUGUUCUUAACCGUUGGAGACAUUACCAAAAAGGGACUUGAAGUGGUAGUUAAUUCGUCAAAGAUAGCGCACUACAUAGUGGCUACAUGGAGAUAUUUUGUUUUCCGGAAGGGGGUUGAGUUUAGGAUUGUUGAAGGUAAAUCUCCAAUAGUAGACGGCAAGAUUACUGUUGUGCCUGUUAAAAUUGGGAAUAGUGCAGAUCGUACAGUUGAUACACUGAUAUCCAAUAAAAUACAUACUCAAUUGCAAAAACUCACCUCGUUGAUGUUCCCUCUUGACACUUCAAAGGUUAACAGUGAUGACCCAGAAUCAUACACGUCGGAUCCAAGUACUGAUGCACUUCAUGUUCAUACAAAGCUACCACUGGUGAGUCUGAUGGUCAGUGCUUCGCUCCAACCUUCAAUGAACUAUAUCGUCAAGUUUGCUCCUAUUAGAGGCAAGUUCAAUCCCAAGAGAGCAAUUGAGUUGGGUGUACCGCAAGGACGUUCUUUUGCGCAAUUGACUAAAGGAGAGGCCGUGGAAAGCAAAACCGGAGAAAUGGUUUAUCCGGAUCAAGUCAUGGGGGCACCACUGUAUCUUCCUAGAGUAGCUGUGAUUGAUAUUCCUAACAACUCCUAUUUAAAGAGCACCUUGGAGUCACCGGUAUGGUUCUCGGAUGAACAUGUAAAUGAACGAGAACAAUAUGGACUCGUGUAUCAUUUUUUGGGACCGGAGGUUGACUAUAAACUGUUUGAAUAUAAUGAGUUCAUCGAAAAGUUCCCCCACAACUGCCAUCAUGUCAUAAGCCAUGCUCUGCUUGUAAAUGACACCUUAAUGCAUGAGACUUCUGCACUCACAGUGUUGAAGUUGAAGUGUUUACUGAAGAAUAACUUCAACUUGCCCUACUAUGAAGACUAUAAGUCUUUAGAAGGGGAGUCUCCCUUAGUCCACAAGUUACAGUCGUGUCAAGCUUUUGAUGUCAAGCCAGGAGAAGUCCAGUUGGACGAUUCGUUUGUGGUUCCCCAUUCAUGGGAAGAAAUGUUCAAGAGUAGCAUUGAACCACUUGGCCAACACUACCAAAUGGAAGACGUUGUUAAUGACCAGCCAGUCUCUUUAAAUAAUAACAAGGGUUCAUUAAAGGAUCAAGUGCAAGUGAUCACUUUGGGUACUGGUUCUGCAUUGCCUUCAAUUCACAGGAACGUAAUCUCAUCUAUUGUCAGAAUACCCAGAGUUGACAAUGGGCAUCAGUCGUACAAUUCUAUAAUGUUUGAUGGUGGUGAGAACACUUUAGGAACUAUGCUUCGUACUUUCGGACAUAACAAUAAGGAGCACUUUAUUCAGGUGAUGAAGGAACUUCAAAUGGUUUAUCUUAGUCAUUUACAUGCUGACCAUCACUUGGGAAUAAUCAGUGUUGUUGAUGAAUGGUUCAAGUACAAUGCCGACAACAAAAGAAAGCUCUACUUGAUAUUCCCAUGGCAAUAUGGCAAGUUCCUUACUGAAUGGUACGAACUUGAAAAGCAGAUGUCUUCUCAUGUGGAUAUGACUCGAUUAAGGUACAUAAGCUGUGAAGAGUUUUUAAAUGGCGGAAGAGAGAUUGAGCAAAUCCCUAUAGGUGAGUUUGAAAGGUUAUAUGACUCCAGAACCCCACUGAACCUUCGAAUAUUGAAAGGUACAAAUAAUGCAGAUACCAUACUGGAGUUGUAUAGAGACUUGAAUAUCCAAAGGGUGGAUAUGGCGAGGGCACUCCACUGUUCGUGGGCAUAUUCAUGCAGUUUUACCUUUAAUUUAGACGAUACUUCAUCCAAUGAAAACACAUUCAAAGUAUCGUAUUCAGGUGACACUAGACCCAAUAGUGAGUUUGUGCACACUGGCCGUAACUCCGAUCUAUUAAUCCAUGAGGCUUCGUUAGAUAACGGCUUAAUGGAAGAGGCUAUUGCCAAAAAACAUAGUACUGUGAUUGAGGCCAUUGAAGUUGCUAGACAAAUGAACUGCAGAAACCUUUUAUUAACUCAUUUCAGUACUCGGUACAAGGAAACCAGUAGUAUGGUUUUUGAUGAUAGACGUAUGCAACAAGAAGCGCAAAAGCUCGGAGAAUAUUUGGAAAAAACUCGGGUUAAGGGGAACAUUUUCCGUAGUAAUUUUUCCGGAUGUGAACUAGAAUACAAAGAUCUUAACUUGACGUUUGCUUACGACUUCAUGAUAAUCCGUCUAGAUGAAAUGGGCCUUCAGAAAACCAAGUAUAAGGAGUUUCUCAAUGUUUUCCCGGUGACCGAUGACGAUUUUGAGAAACGGAAAGAGCGUGAACUCAAGAGACUCCGAUGGGUUCUGAAAUCGUCGUCAACCAAUGAUAUGAACGCCAUAAUAUGUGAUGGUACUCAUCAUAUGUUUGUCAUUAUUCCAUUCAGACCUACAAUAGUUGAUUUUGAGCUGCGGUAUCAGCAGCGUAUUACAUAUGAAACUGUAAAUACUCAUAUGGUGGUGCAUAAGGCGCGUUUGAGGUUUGCCCUGGUACAAGAGUUGACACAAGGCUUCAGAUCUCGUCCUAUCAUUGGGUUGCCCAUAGUUAUAUUGGAAAUUAAUGAAUUGGCAUUCUUCCUGAGAGACAAAUACGAGUCUAAUGGAUCGGAUAAACCGUUUAUUUACGAGACCCCAAACUAUGCUGAGGUGUGUCGUGGUCCUGGCAAGUCUGUCACAGGUGAAGAUAAAGACGACGUUCAAGAAAUUGGACAGUAUCCGACUCUGAGAUCUACAAAUCCUGAUACCGGUACAGGAGUAGCGUUCGAGUAUCCUUCAACCAAGUCGGCUCCAGAGAGACUCGUUGCCGAUAUUAGUGAUGUAGUGGAACACUUUGUUCUGUCUCAUGGAGAAAUUUCCUACGAAGAAUCGCUUGGCCAGUUGGUUAACAAAUAUGACAUUCCUCAAACACCAGCUACCACUGCAUCAUUUGAGUACUUUGACCAAGCAUUGGAUAGUGCCUCGGCCUUAAGAAUCCUAUUGGACAAGCUUCAACAGCGUCUUGAUAGAUAUGGAGAAGAAUUGGAACAAUAUGAGCAUUCUAUUUGGAAGCAAGAAUCUUCACUAAACAAGAAAGCCGAAAUGCUUAGCCGAAUAUCAGCCGUACUCGACGAACGUAACGAUGGACUUGACUUGUACUUAUGUACGAUUUUGGAACGCAAGGCAAAACUAGAUGUAAUAGAUGCACUUAUAACCACCAGACUUUAUGGAGAAUGCCGCAAAUUCCUUGCUUCCUAUAAUGAUGUCAUUAUUCCCUAUAAAGAAGAAGUAGAUGAUAUUUUGCAAGCGAGGGCCAUUGAUCCAACUUAUAUCCCCUCCAGAAGAAGAGUGUAUCUGAUUAUGACGCAUUCAUUUCUAGAGUUUGACAGAUUCCGUCGACUGAAGCAUUACGUAGCUUCACUUUACAAGGUAGAGUAUGAGUCGUAUAUUGUUUUUUUACGAACAAUCGACCAACUUUACGAGGAGAUUAUCCGAUUGGAACCCGAUGCGCGCAAAUUUGAGUUCAGGUGA